CAUUGGGUUUCCGUCCUGUAAUCCAUAUUUACCUUCAAAUUACCCUUCGGCGUUCACUUUGAUCAUCACUGAAAACACUGGAUUCAGGAGGCACUGCUGCAUCCGACCCACAAAAUGCAUCAGAAUCUAGCCCUAAGGGCUCUGUUCACAGAGUCAUCUAGUUAAAUAGCCAUCACCACAAUACCCUGAUCCAGGUGUAUGAGGAGAAGUUUGAGAAAGGAGAGGAACCUAUAAGAGAAGAAAAUCCAGAUGUGAUCGAAAAUGACAGGAUGGAUUCUGGGGCUGCUGCUGAACAUCACUUUCUUGAUCAGUAUGGUUCUUGUCAAUCACAUGGAAAUGAGAACAUGGAUAAUGUAGUUGGUGAUGAAUCUGAAAGCUUUUCUGAUAUUGACGAUGUUGAGGUUGAUGGUUACCUUCACAAUAAGGAGGAGAAAAAUUAUAAAAGGAUCAUCUGGGAAGAAAUGAACAGGGAGUAUCUUGAGGAACAAGCAGUCAAGGAAGCAGCAGCUGCUGCUGCUAAGGAAGCACAGGAGGCAAAUUUACAGAAUUGUUCGGGAGACUUGCUCAAUGCGCGGGAACUUGCUGCUGCGACUACUGCAGCUGUGGAAAAAUCAAGAAAGGAAAGGAAACAAAAACGCGCUGCAAAUGCCAAGAAUGGAACUCCAGCUCAAACUGCUGCUGAAGCCACCUGUGAAAUGCUAACUAAGAAGAGGCUAAGUUCAAAAAUCAACUAUGACGUGCUGGAGAAGUUGUUUGGUGAUUCUACGACUCCAGAGAUCCCCAAGAAUAAAUGCUUUGGAUCUGAUCCAGACAGUGAUGCUUAUGGGCAAGAAAUUGGCAGAAAAUCAGGUGAGAAAGAACUUGAAUUGGAUGUGGUGGGCAACAAUGAUGUUUCCUGGGAGGAUGAUUAUGAAGAUGGGGCUUAUGAUGAUAAUUAUUAUGGAAAUGAGGAGGAUGGGUAUGGUAAUGAUGAUGAUUACGGAUAUGAUGAUAAUUGAUGUGGAACCCAACUCCUUUUAUGUGUAUAUCUUCUAGUAAAACAGUUUAUUUCAGCUUGCACCCAGGUUUUACUCUACCAGCUGUGAUGGAGGUACCAUACAAGUUGUACCUUAUGACCAUCAUGUUCCAUUGUUCGGUGGCCAGGCCAAUAAUUCAAGUCCUGAAAUUCGGAUG